ACCAAUGUCGGGACAGACGCUGGAUCCGCGUCGGUGCCUCCCCACCCGGGGGGAGGGAGGGAGGUGGCCCAGGCAGGGCUAUAAAUGCCUGGGCUUGACUCCGACUCGCCUCCCGCCCUGCCCGUCCUCCGUUGCUUCAGUUCAGCUCUCGGCUCGUUGGCAUCCCCCAUGGCGUGUCCCCUGGAGCAAGCGCUGGCCGUGAUGGUCGCCACCUUCCACAAGUACUCGGGCAAGGAGGGAGACAAGUACAAGCUCAGCAAGCAGGAGCUCAAGGACCUGCUCACGAAGGAGCUGCCCAGCUUCAGCAGCCAAAGCAGCGAGGCCAGCUUACAGCAGCUCAUGUCCCACCUGGACUGCAACAGCGACAACGAGGUGGAUUUCCAAGAGUACGUCACCUUCCUGGCCUGCAUGGCCAUGAUGUGCAAUGAAUUCUUCCAGGACUACCCCGACAAGAUGCCCCGUAGGAAGUGAGCAGGGGCUGCCUGCCCCGGGGCUGCGUCCCCGUCCCCACCUCCCUCCCACCGCCCUCGUGAUGCUCUUCCAAUAAACGUUAUUUUAAAAGAAAA